AUGUCUGCUAUUCCCGAAGUAUUCAAGCGUCUCCCAACAUGCGUCGUACCACAAAAGUAUCACGUAGAUUAUGAACUCAUUGACUUGCUCAAUUUUCGCUUUGAAGGCUCCGAGCGCGUCAUACUGUACAUAGAUGAGGCAACACGCGUCAUCACUUGUCAUGCUGUGGAGCUCUACGUAUUCAACGUGUCGGUCAAGGACGCCACGUCUUCAUGGAAGACGCAACAGGCCCAAGAGAUUCAUUACGAGAGCAAAGACGACACCAUAUCGUUCCAUUUUGCUGAGCCAUUGGUUGCAGGCUCUCACGUGACACUUGAGUGCCAGUUUCAUGGCUUUUUGAACGACCAAAUGAGGGGAUUUUACCGCACAGAGUAUGAGAAUGAAGAGGAGAAACGUGUUCUUGCAGUCACGCAGUUUGAAGCCUGCGAUGCUCGUCGUGCUUUUGUCUGUUGGGAUGAACCAGCACUUAAAGCUACUUUUGAGAUCUCGAUGGUCACAGAGACGGACCUUGUGGCUUUAUCGAAUGCCCAUGUCGUCGAGACACUUGUGAGACCAAAAAAGAAUGCUCAUCUUUGCAAGAAAACGCGCUCAAAUGUUCGCGAGACCAUGGAGAAAGUAUGGAAAUUUGCAGAAUCUCCAGUCAUGUCGACGUACCUGGUAGCCAUGGUCGUGGGAGAGUUUGAUAUGAUCUCUGAUCUGACCAGGGAAGGAGUGGUGGUGAAUGUAUACACUGCGCCUGGACAGAGUGCGCGCGGACGCUUUGCACUUGGUGUGGCAACCAAGGCUUUGACGUUUUUUUCCGAGAACUUUGGCAUUCCGUAUCCAAUGAAGAAACUCGAUAUGGUGGCGAUUCCAGACUUGCGGGGCGCUAUGGAAAACUGGGGACUUGUGACGUACACGGAAACGUUCUUGCUGGUCGACGAGAAACUCAGCAGUCAUGAGAUUAAGGCCGACGCUGCACGCGCUAUUUGUCACGAGCUGUCGCAUCAGUGGUUCGGUAACCUUGUGACGAUGAAAUGGUGGACAGAUCUUUGGCUCAAAGAGGGCUUUGCACAGUUUAUGGAGUUCGAUGCUGCGCAUCAUAUUUUUCCAGAGUGGAAGCUGUGGGACACUUUUGUGCAAGAUAUAAUGCUCAGGUCUGCAUUUGUAAAGGAUGCCAUGGUGUCUUCGCACCCGAUUGAAGUAGAGGUAAACCACCCUGAUGAAGCAGAUGAAAUUUUUGAUGCUAUAUCGUACAACAAGGGAUCAAGCGUGGUGCGUAUGCUAUCGGAGUAUCUCGGCCGUGAUAAUUUUUUAUGCGGCGUACACAAUUACCUUGUGAAGUACAGCUACACUAACACCGUGACAGAGGACUUGUGGGAGGAACUGGAAAAGGGAUCAGGCCAAACGUUGAGAGAUAUGGCUGAUACAUGGACGAAGCAGGUGGGCUUCCCGUUGAUUACGGUGAAACAAAAUGAUGAUGGCAAAUGCGUACUCGUACAAGAGCGUUUCUUUGCGGAUCCGAGCUUGAGUACUACCGACGAUACGAUUUGGGAUAUACCACUGACGCUUUGCACAUCCGACGACCCCAACGCUAUUAAGCGUCUUGGAAUUUGGGAUGCUAAAACGUCGUCUCUGAAGAAAUCGACGACGGUCAUAACACCGCUAGCAGCUGGUGAUGACAUUAACAACAGAAUCCACGUACCAGCAGGAUGUAAGGGCUGGAUCAAAUUGAACCCGAACCAAGCGAGUUUCUACCUCGUGAACUAUUCCCCGACUUUGUGGAAGCGUCUCGAGCUCCCGGUGAAGGAGCAACUCCUUGGUGUCUCAGAUCGUGUCAGCCUGUUGAACUCCGUGUUUGCGUUUGCUCGGGCAGGUGUACUGGGCUUGCCCGUUUCGUUGGACUUUACAAGCACGUAUGUUGACGAAUCUGCAUCCCUGUGCUGGAAAGAGAUCGCGCACAAUAUGGAAUAUUACUCCAAUCUGUUUCGUGAAGAACCAUUAUACCCAGAGCUGCAGCAGUAUAUUCGCACUCUAUUUGCACAUGUGAUGAGACGAUUGGGGUGGGAUGCUGACUCAUCAACGCAAGCUGACGCUGACGAGGGCGAGUUUCGUAAGACAGUCAUCUACCGGCUAGGUCUUGCUAAUGACCAGGAGGUGAUCAAGGAAGCGAAGAAGCGCUUUCACGAGUAUAUUGGUGGCGAUCCGGCUGCACUUUCGGGCGAUCUCCGUGGUUCCGUAUUCGAUAUCGAAGCUACGUACGGCGACGCGUCCACCGUCAAACUGCUGCAGGACUUGCACAACAAGAGUGAUUUUGCUGAGGAACGCAAUGACUGCCUCAAAGCGAUGGGAUCAGUAGUGGACGCAACAGCAAAGCUUCAGGUCUUAGAAUGGGCAGUGAAGAACGUUCGAUCUCAAAACAUUCAUUACCCGUUUAUCAGUGUGGCUAGUGACAAGGUUGGAGCCCAAGUGGCGUGGCAGUACGUACAAGACAAGUGGGCCUUCUUGUCCAAAAAGUAUUCGGCGAUGACGCUAGGCUCCAUUGUAUACGGAGUCGUCUCUCGCUUUCAAAGCGAGGUGAUGGCUGUAGAGGUAGAAGCCUUCAUGGUCGGCAAGGAUACGUCAGGAUACAAGCGUCGUAUCGAUGGUGCUUUAGAAGUUGUCCGUCUUAAGAGUGCUGUGUUUUGUCGUGACCGUGAGAUCUUGGCAAAGUGGCUGAAGAAGCGAGCUGCAUAA